AUGGCUUUAUUAAACAGCAAUUGUCCCGACCUCAAGCUCGUUGCCCGUGGUAAGGUGCGCGAUUUGUAUGAAGUUGAUGAAAAAUCUCUCCUAUUCGUUGCCACUGAUCGUAUCAGUGCAUUUGACGUGAUUAUGAAGAAUUCAAUUCCCGGCAAGGGCAAGAUCUUGACAGAAAUUUCCUUGUUUUGGUUUGAUCUCUUAAAGGAUGUGUUGCCCAACCACUUGAUUACUGCCAACUUUGAUGAAAUGCCUGAAAAGGUUCAAAAAUACCGUGAGCAACUUGAAGGUCGUUCUAUUUUGGUGAAGAAGAUGCGUGUUGUCCCUAUUGAAGCUAUUGUUCGUGGCUAUAUCACAGGCUCUGGUUGGUCAGAAUACAAGAAGAAGGGUACCAUUUGUGAUAUUCCCCUUCCAAACGGUUUGGUCGAGAGCGAGAAGCUCCCUGAAGUUCUUUUUACUCCUAGUACUAAGGCUGAAAUCGGUGAUCAUGACGAGAAUAUUCACCCUUCCAAGAUGGUUGAAAUUUUGGGCGACAAAAAGUUAGCUGAUCAAAUUGCUCAAUCUGCUAUUGCGCUCUAUACUAAAGCCAGUGAAUACGCUGCCAGCAAGGGCAUUAUUAUUGCUGAUACCAAGUUUGAAUUUGGUUUGGAUGAGGAUAACAACUUGGUAUUGGUUGACGAAGUAUUGACUCCCGAUUCUUCUCGUUUCUGGCCUGCCAACAAAUAUGAAGCUGGCCGUACACAGGACAGUUUUGACAAGCAAUUCUUGCGUAAUUACCUCGAAUCCAUCAACUUUGACAAGAACACUAGCAUUGAGCUUCCUCAAGAUGUGAUUGAAAACACUCUCUCCAAGUAUAAGGAGGCUUUCCAACUGUUGACUGGCAGAGAGGUUAACUUGUAA